UGAUCACAGACUGAGUCACACCGAGUAGGGGAGGAGGAGGGAGAUUUGCAGCCAUUCAAUCAGACUGCAGCAGCCAUCUUCACUUCCUCUCCUCCUCCCUCCCUCCCUGUGUGGGAUCUGAGCGGUGCCGGUGUCAGCUCUCUGCCCGCCUCCCUCCCUGGGCGCUGUGAAGCCGGUGCCGGGCUGUGUGCAGCCAUUGGAUAGUAGGGCGGGCGGCAUUGUGGACGGAUCGACCCGGGGAAUCUCCAACAUCUCAUCACCCAUCGGGGGGAGCGUUGGGCCAGAACAUCAACAGAGAAUUUUAAAGGAUCUGAAAGAGCUUGGUGUGGAACCGAGGUAGAUCUAUCCUUGGAAUGCAGAGAUUUUCAUCUGAAUAGACUGCAACGUGCUUCCAUCAAUGCAGGCAUCGCUCUUUGUGGAUAUACCUUCUCUGAGCACUUGACGUUUACAGGACAUUUGCUUCAAGGACUUGUCUAUUUAUUGGAUUUCCAUCUCUGUAUACAACCACUGGCCGCAGGAACUGUGUGCAGCAAGACUGUCACCAUUUUGACCCCACACUAGCUUUUUUGGACUUUUAGCAAUGAGUGAAUUUUGGUUGUGUUUCAACUGCUGCAUCGCAGAACAGCCGCAGCCCAAAAGGCGGCGGCGGAUUGACAGAAGUAUGAUUGGAGAACCAACAAACUUUGUUCAUACUGCACAUGUAGGAUCUGGAGAUGUAUUUAGUGGAAUGAAUUCAGUGAGUUCCAUCCAAAACCAAAUGCAGUCAAAGGGUGGUUAUAGUGGCAACAUGUCAUCAAAUGUCCAGCUGCAGCUGGUGGAUACAAAGGCUGGAUAACCUUAGUAUUUCCUGGGUCUCCUGGAUGGUCUAUAGCUACUCCUUCCCUCUGUCUUCACCACCCUCAUUUUGCAUUGGUGACUUUUUUGUUUUUUUCCGUUGUGUGCAAGAUGAUGCAUUGUCCUUCCAUGUGAUGGAACAAGAUGAUGACCUGUGUUGACGAUCUGGAUAAUUUAUAGGCAGUGCCAUGCCUUUCCGGUGGAAAAAAAAAAGGCACCUGGUCUAUGCCAAACAAAAUGUAUUAGGAAUCCAAUUUGCAGGCCCACACUUUUACACUCCUGCUUUUUUACUUUAAUUUUGCAUUUUUUUUUUUUUUUUUUAGUUCAUUUGUUCUAGUCAGGCCUUCGCUAAUGUUGUUGAGAAUGCCCAGGAUCUCCAAGCACAAUACUAGUUGCGACUGGACUGUUCAUGAAGUAGAUGACUUGCAUGUGAUGUAAUGUUGCUUUGUACAGUGGCCUGGUAUGGGCCCACCAAACAAUUGAUCUGUUGCUAAAAGACUGAUGAAAAAUCUGCCAAAAUGCCCUCCUAAAGCAACAGGAUGCUCGAGCCUCUUAGAAUAAGACUAAGAACUUUUUAGAUUAGUUACUCUAGAAUUCUGUCACUUUAGGUCUACCCAAACUGAUCUCGGUAAUGACGACCAUUAUAAUAAUAAUAAUAAUAUUGACAAUGAUGAUAAAUAAUAAUUGCUUCCACUCAUAAGGAAUUCUGCUGUAAAUGUUCAAUAUAUUUAUUUGAAAGAUCUGACCUCGAGAUUGUAAACAAGUGUAGUAACCUAUAGUGUUGUGUUGGUGCUUUUGUCUGUAAAAAGAAAAAAAUAUAUAUACCCUGACGAAAUAGGAAAAAUAAAACAUUCCUGCUUUUUACCUAUUCAUAUGCCUAUGUUUAGGUAUUAUUUAGUGCAUGUCAGACUACCUGCUAUAUUACUUUAACAUUUAAUGAUAUGCAGGCAGUAUUCCCCUCAUCAAAUGCCUCGUGCCAUCUGAUUACAAACUACCAACAUGGUUUACCGCACAGCAGAGUGCAGCUAACAGAGUGAAUUGGGACUUUUUACCAAAUAACUGACUGUUAAGAUGCCCAUAGUCUGAGAUGAAGAGUCGGCAAUGAGGGCCUCAGCUGUCGUUGUGGUAAAGCAUGAUGGAUGUUGCUUAAAACACAAUUUGGACACACCUUGUUCACCCCUGGCUUGAGCUGUUUUCUAGAAAGUGAAGCUUAAAAAAUGACAUUAACCACAAACUGUGAUUUCUAUAUAAAUUUUAACAAUGUGCCCUGUGAGUUUAUUUUUCUUUUGCAAAAUAGCCUAUAUGGGGGGGGGGAAAAGUAUAUGACAUAAGAAAAAGAAUGAACUUAAGUUACAAUGUUAAUCUAACCGCUUUCAUUGUGUUUAGCACGUUUCCAUGCAGUCCACCAUUUUCAGGCUGAAGGGAACACAGGCUUUAGAAUCAGUCCAGCUGCUCGCACACUGUUCAAGUGCUGCAGCAUGGAUGCGGAAUGUUCCAAGGGUAGAAUACAAGUGGAUAAACUGGCAUCUAACAUACAGGGUGACGUUUUACAGUGUCUGUAAAAUAGGUCUUCUGCUCAGGUUCAGAAACAUGUAUGUCUUUUACGCAUUGUGAAAAUAGUUUAUUAUAUAUUGCACUGUCUAUGGAUGUACAUGUAGUUUGGUCCCGUUUUUUAAAGUCAAGUUGAUGUUGUGGACUAGGACAUUUUUUACUUAAGUCAAGCGUGUCCUUGUCCACAUCAGUAUUGAAAAUGUAAAUCUAGUUAACGAACCAUAAAGCCAAAAUGUACUGUUAAAUCCUAAUCUAGCUUACCAACCACAACCCUGUCUGUAAAGAGUCUAGAAAGAUGGGCAUUUGGAGAGAGAGAAUAGGUUAAGAAAAGAAUGAUGUGAAUUUAUUGCAACAGUGAGAAACGCCAAAACCGUAUUCCAUACGAACUUGCAGUGGCAACAAUAAUAUUCAAUCUGGGGCCUACCAGGUGCCUAGUAGUCAAGUUUAUAAUACAGCCACUGCCUAAACACUGUAAAUUGAGCCAUUUUGUGAUUUUCACUAAUACCCAUUAUGAUAGAAGGUGAGCAAACCAUUGGAAACAUUUACUCUGAUUUUAGCUAAUUGCUCAUUUCUGUAACAUUAGGUAACGUGUGUCAGCUUAUUUAAUACAAUAGUAUAAAAAGAAAUAAGUAGAGUAUACUAAGCCAAUCCAAUUUCAGGUAGCUGAAACCAUAUCUAGAAGAAACAACAUAUAGAGAGAUUAUACUUUUUUAUUUUUUUUGUUUCUUUGGCCUGUUAAGUUUUGGCAGUGUAAAAAGUAAUGAAACUGGGAUUAAAACAGAAUCUCAUCAGAUUUCCGCUUUCCUACAGGCCUGGAUAAUGAUAUUGGCAUAGUCAGAGAUGGCCAUGAACUGACAAAUCUUUCACAGUAGCACUGCAAACCAAAGAUCCCCUUGGGAUCCCUUCGGUUCCUGCUGCUUUUCAAAUCUCAAGUAAGGUAAUCCUGAAUGAUGUGUGGCUGCUACAGAUCUUUUAAUAUUAAUUUGCCCUAUAAGAAUUGAUUAAUUUAUUAGAAAUAAGGUCUGAUGAGCAUAUAGCUGCUAUUAGACACUGGUCAGAAGAUCCGACUGUAGUAUUAACAUUUGUGUCAAUGAUCGGUGCUUACACAUAACCCUACCGGUCAGACAAGAGGCAUCCCUAAGGCUUCAUUGACACCUGAGCACAAAACGCUCAAAUCAACGUUUUUAUUGAGGUCUAUGGGGCCACAAAAACACGUGUAAUCUCCCAAAAAGAAGCUUAUGUACUUUUUUGAGCUUUAGACAUUCUGCUUCAGGCAACAGAAUGCUCAGACGUGAACAGGGGCCAUUAAAACUAAUAGGAUUUGGCUUGUUGAGAAUUUUAGAGCUACAAGCUUCAAUCAGAAAAUCGAUUGGGUUUGAACUAGGCCUAAAGACUACAGUUUGACCGCACACGUGCAAUCUAACCCCAAUCCAGCCAAAACAAGCCAGUUCACAUGAUCGUUAUCUUAAGUUGCAAAAUGCAACCAGUAGGCUAUAUUCCCAAUGAAUAUUUUUUAUUUAUUUUUUGCAAAAUGACUUCCUUUACACAGUUAGGUGCUUCUUUACUCUGUUGCAAUUUAUUCAAAAGUGCGAUCAGAUAUCAGUAUUGUGUUGUGAUUUUACACAAUGUUCCGCGAAAAAUACAAAAACAUUAUCAAACUGUGCCAGGAUUCUUUGCCAUGCUUUUUAUCAUCCUACUACCAAGCUGUUUGAAGAGCGGGAUUAUCAAAAAAGAUAUUUUCACAUUCUUUGAUCAAGAGAAAAAUAAAUAAAUAAUUGACAUAUUUUUAUAACAAAGCAUACUUUUUGUACAUUGUGUUCAUUCUUGAAAUAAAAAGUCAGUUCAGUGUUGGCUUGUAGAUAUUACAGAGAAGUAUUGACAUUGAUUCAAUAAAUGUUUUCUUUCAUCUCUGCGUUGGAAUUUUCAUUUAAUUUUCUGAACAUUAUCAAAUAAAGUUGGCAACUGAAAAUA